AUGGCUUCAUCAAGUGCUUCGGUUACUCAAAGUCGUGGAUCUUCGGAAGCAUCUACACUUAAAAGGAGAUCAAAUGAUAUAGGAUGGGAUUAUGGUAUUUUAGUUGAUGCAAAAAAUUUGGAUAAAGUAAAAUGCUUGUUGUGUGGGAAAGUUUUAUCCGGUGGAGUGUAUCGAAUAAAAGAGCAUGUUGCUCAUAUACAAGGAAAUGUUGCUCCAUGUCCUAUAGCUACUAAAGAGGAUCAACUUAAGUGUAGGAAUGCAAUCAAUGAAGCCAAGAUGAGAAGGAAAAAUAAAAAAGUUAAUGAUGAUAAUUUAAGAGACGAUGUGAAUAUUGAUUCUAGAAGUGAGUCAAUUGAUGUUGAGGAAUUGCAAGGGUCUCUUGGAUCUAUGAAGCCACCACGUUCACUUGGCACAAUGGAUAAGUUUGCAAGUGGCAUCAAUCCCGAACCUUCCAUGAAUUUAGGAAAGACAAUGCAACAACAACGUAUUGAUGGUGCACUAUGGAAGGAAAGAACAAAUAGAGUGAAAGAAUAUAUAUGUAGAUGGGCAUAUGAGGCUGCUCUUCCUUUUCAUGCAUUUGAAAGAGAUAGUUUCAAGAUGAUGUUAGAAGCAAUAGGACAAUUCGGUCCCGGAGUUGAAUCACCAAGUAGAUAUGAGAUGAGUGAAACAUUCUUGAAAAGAGAAGUUGAUAAAGUUCGUGAAUCUUUAAAGAUACAUGAAGAGGAGUGGAAGUCCAAUGGAUGCUCAAUCAUGACGAAUGCUUGGACCGAUAGAAAGAGAAGAAGUGUAAUGAAUUUGUGUGUGAAUUCAAGUUUGGGCACCGUUUUCCUUUCUUCUAAAGAAUGUUCACUUGAUUCACACACAAGUGAAUAUAUUUAUGAGUUUGUUGAGCAUGGCAUUCAACAAGUUGGAGCCGAAAAUGUUGUUCAAGUUGUCACGGAUAAUGCCUCAAACAACAUGGGAGCUUUAAAGUUGUUGAAAGAGAAGAGGCCAACCAUCUUUUGGACUUCUUGUGCCACCCACACCAUAAAUCUAAUGCUUCAAAGCAUUGCAAGUCUUCCAAGGUACAAGAAAGUUCUUGAUCAAGCAAAGUCUUUAACAAUCUUUAUUUAUGCUCACCACAAGACUUUGGCAUUGAUGAGAACUUUCACAAAAAAGAUAGAUAUAGUGAGGCCCGGUGUAACUAGAUUUGCUUCUUCAUUCCUUACUUUGCAAAGUUUAGCCGAGAAGAAAGUUGAAUUAAGGGCAAUGUUUACUAGCAAUGAAUGGGAUGAAUGCAAAUUUUCCAAGAUAGCUAAAGGGAAGGUAGCAUACUCAACCGUAUUGAGUAUGGGAUUUUGGCAAGGUGUAACGGCAUGCUUGAAGGUUUUUGCACCGUUGGUGAGAGUGCUUCGACUUGUUGAUUGUGAUACGAAGCCAUCAAUGGGGUUUGUAUAUGGUGAGAUUAUGAGAGCAAAAGAGGAAAUCAAACAUGCUUUGUCCGAUGUCCCAAGAAACUAUUAA